UUGGCGAUCUUUACCAUCCAUAUUAAUUAAAUAAUUAUAAACAUAAAAUUAAAUAAUGGCUAGACUUUGGAGUGUAGCUAGCACUAAGUCUGCCAAGGCGGCCAUUAAUCCAAUCAGAGAAGCCACAGAGACCCACUAUCCCGAGGCCAUCAAGCAAAGCAAAAAGGACAUUUAUUCAUUGGGCAUAGGUGACCCCUCUGUGUUUGGUAACCUCCCACCUCACCCGGCCACGGUAGCUGCAGUACAGAAGGUACUGGUGGGCGGAGUCUCGUACAGCUACGGCACAUCUUAUGGUUACCAGAUUGCACGAGAAGCCAUAGCAAAGCAGUUCUCUACUCCUGACUGCCCACUCACACAUGACGAUGUGAUCAUGGGUACUGGGUGUGCUGGUGCUCUAGAGCUGUGCUUCAGUGUGCUCUGUGAGGCAGGCUCCAACAUGAUAGUCCCUUCUCCAGGCUACAGCCUCUACAACUGUCUGGCAGGGGCACUUCAAGUACACCUCAAAUAUUACAACCUUCUGGCUGAGAGAAAUUGGGAGGCUGACCUAGAGCAACUAGAGAGUUUGGUGGACUCAAACACUAAAGCUCUCCUCCUCAACAAUCCUAGCAACCCUUGUGGCUCUGUGUACACGCAGGAGCAUUUGAGGGGCUUUGUGGACAUUGCCAGGAGACACAAACUGCCCAUCAUUGCUGAUGAAACCUACGCACAUGUGGUAUACAAAGGGCAGGUGUUUCAUCCUAUCUCCUCAGUGGCAGAGGAUGUGCCUGUGCUCACGUGUAGUGGCCUCUCUAAGAGAUACCUGGUCCCAGGAUGGAGGGUGGGCUGGGUCAUCGCUCAUGACACACAAGGAGCUCUUGAGGCAGAGGUGAAGCCUGGCCUGAGGAGACUAGCCACUAGGAACAUUGGACCAUGUGCUCUCAUACAAGCAGCUAUUCCAGACAUCUUUAAGAAUGUACCCAACUCAUUCUUUGCUGAGACUAUUGCCACAUUUGAAGGCAAUGCUGUGGCUUGCUAUGAAAGGUUGUCUAAAGUGGAUGGUUUGACUCCAGUCAUGCCAGCAGGAGCCAUGUACAUGAUGGUCACCAUUGACUUAGAGAGGUUCACAGAGUUUCAAGAUGACAUCUCCUUCUUAAAACAGCUCAUCAUAGAGCAAGGCGUUGUGUGCCUACCAGGGACGGCUUUCAUGAGGGCUGGUGCUAUGAGGAUUGCUCUAAUCAUGCCAAAAGAUGGUCUCAUUAUAGCCUGUGAUAGAAUCACUCAGUUCUGCCAGGAACACAUCGCUAAGAACUAAUACCAUCUUGGAUGAUAAUAAUUAUGAGACUGUUUAUUAGAUACCCACUUAUAGUUAUUUCUACUGCCAUAAUUUAUGAAAUUCCAAUGUGCAAAAA